AUGAGUGCAAAGCGCAAACGAAUUGUGGUUUCGAUGGAUACACGUUUAAAAGUGCUAAGGCGGAUUGAUAAUGGUGAAUCCGUAGCGAAAAUAUGUGCAGAAUUUAAUGUUGGAAAAAGCACUGUAAAUGACUGGCGAAGAGAUAGGCGUUCCAUUGAGGAGUUUUGCUCGAAAAUGGAAUCUGAUAGAAAUCUGUAUAGCCGUUGUACGAGAAAAAACCCGAUUUGCGAGGUCGUCGAUGAAGCUUUGUGGAUCUGGUUUCUUCAGGAACGUCGAAGAGGUACACCGAUUGGCGGCCCAAUUUUGAAAGAAAAAGCUUUGGCUAUCCACCAGAAGAUUAAUAUUGGAGGUGACUUUGUGGCAAGUGAUGGUUGGCUUAAUCGAUGGAAGAAGCGACACGGAAUUCAUUUCGCACAUGUAAGUGGAGAAAAAAUGUCUGCUAAUACUUCUGGUGCGACAGAAUUCAAGACUAACUUUGGUGAAAUGGUUAAAACAGAGGAAUUAUCUCCAGAACAAGUCUAUAAUAUGGACGAGACCGGGCUUAACAUUAAAAUGUUACCAGAAACAACUUUUCUAGGCAGUCAUGAACAGUCUGCCUCUGGCUUCAAAAAGAACAAAGAACGUAUUACAGUGGCCGUUUGUUCGAAUGCAGCAGGGACUCCUAAAAUUCCUCUUUUCGUUAUUGGCAAGUCUGCAAAACCACGGGCAUUCAAAAACUGGAAUCCAUCUUCCCUUCCGGUUUAUUAUAAGUCACAAAAAUCAGAGUGGAUGAAUUCAGACUUGUUUAAAGAGUGGUUUAAUUUGGAGUUUGUUCCAAAAGUUAAAAAACAUUUAAAAAGUGUAAACUUGCCUAUUAAAGCAAUUCUUGUGUUAGAUAACGCUCCAACCCAUCCUCAUGACUGCGCUGUAUAUGAAAUAAAAUUAGUUUAUCUUCCUCCUAAUGUGACAAGCUUAGUGCAACCAAUGGACCAAGGAGUGAUCGAAAGCUUGAAAAGACGAUACAGGCGUAAACUUGCUUCUGAAAUUCUGCAACAUUCGGAGAGUGAAGACAAAGGCCUUUUAGAAGUCAUCAAAAAGAUCAAUAUCAAGGACGUUAUCUAUAUGUUAGCUACAGCAUUUCAAGAAAUGCCCUCUUCAACGUUUGUUAAGUCUUGGAGAAAACUUUGGCCAGAUGUUGAGAAUCUAAUUGUGAUCUCGAAUAUUGCAGGGACUGAAGAAGAAGAAAACAAAUCUACUUUACAAGACCUUCAAAAGUUAUCGGGUAACGAAUCAUUACAGGCAGAAGAUGUGGAAAAUUGGAUGAUAAACUGUGACGAACACCUUGAAAAUGAAUUUUUGAAUGAUGACGAAAUCAUAGAUUUAGCAAACAAAGAACAAGAGGAAGAUGAUGACAGUAGUGACGUUGAAGAGGAGAAAACAGUUUCUCUGAAGAAGCCAAAAAUGUGA